CGGGUGCAAGCAGAUUUCAAGAAAUCAAGUGUCGAGCUUAAUGGGCAAGACAACAGUGUUUUGGAGCAAACAAUGUUGAUGUCAAAAGAAGAAAUGCUCAAGCUACUGCCAGAGGGAUCAGCGGCUAAAAUGCUGUGGGAUGAGCAGUUACGCGUCUUGGGAAAAGACGAUUCCAGGCAAAUGAGGUGGCAUCCAGCAAUGAUCCGGUUUUGCAUUGCCAUUCAGCAUAAGUCCUCUGCAGCUUACGAUCUCAUUAGAAAAUCAGGAUUUUUGUGCCUGCCUCAUCAGAACACACUUCGCAGGUAUGUACACUACACAACAUCCCAUGCAGGUAUCAACAAUGACGUUCUGAAAAAUAUUGUAAAGAAAGCCAAUUUUGGAAUGGGGUUUCAUCGACGCUAUGUAAGUUUAGUCUUUGACGAAAUGAAGCUUAAGAGUGGGCUGGUUAUUGGUAAAGGGAGUGGCAGGCUUGUAGGUGUUGUGGACUUGGACACAAUCAACAACGAGAUGCAGCAUUUCGAGGAUAAAUACAGCAAGAACAAAGACGCUGAUGUUGCUUCACAAAUGCUUGUAUUGAUGGUAAGAGGGAUAUGCAGUAAUAUCCACGAACCCCUAUGCUACUACCCAGGGAAAGGAGCUCGCGGCGAUCAGCUAAUGAGCAUAGUGCUCAAUGCUGUCAACAUCCUAGAGUUGCAAGGGUUUCGUGUGAAAGCACUAGUAGGAGAUGGUGCGUCAGCAAAUAGAAAAAUGUUUUCCAUGUUGUCUGAUGCAUCAAAAGGACGAGAAGAAACUUACUUGUGUGACCACCCAAUUCAGGAAGGGGAAACAUUGGCCUUUUUCUCGGAUGUCCCACAUCUGAUAAAAACUACGCGUAACAAUUGGGAAAAUUCUGGCUGGAACAAAAAGUCAAGAAAUUUAAAGUUGAAGGGUAAACCAGUUUUGUGGAACCAUCUUCACAAGCUGUAUGAGUGGGAUUCGGGUAUUGAGCGACAAACCCCGGGACUGAGAAUGCUACCGAAGCUGUCACACGAGCACGUGCAUUUGACACCAGCUUCACGCAUGCGAGUAUACCUAGCCGCUCAGGUUCUCAGCCAAAGCGUUGCUAAUGCAUUGGAGAUGCAGGGGAAUGUCGAGACCAAGUCCACGCAAUAUUUCAUCGAAAUGUUCAACAAAUUUUUUGAUUGUAUGAACGUAUCCAACACUUUAGAGUGGAAAACAAAAAGAAGACCUAACCAGAAGCCUUAUGAAUGCAAAGAUGACCCUCGAUUUGAAUGGCUGACUGAUACUUUUCUUGCGUUCCUCAACGAAUGGGAAAAGGAAGCAAUGGAAACAAAAGGGAUUAAAAAUUCUGAUAAACUGAAAAUGUGUCUCAGUCACCAAACCUUAAGAAGUUUACAGAUGACAGUUAAAUCCUUUGUCAGUUUAACAAAGGAGUUGUUACAGGAUACUAGUGUAGCCUACAUCUUGAGUGAAAAAUUCUCUCAAGACCCAUUAGAAGAAUACUUCAGCAAACAGCGAUCUGCUGGAGGCCGCAAUGACAACCCUACAGUUGAUGAAUUUGGCAACAACUUUCUACGACUUCAUGUUGCUGGACCAAUGGUUUCUGCUGCAGCUCGUGGAAAUGUAAGAGGAAAUACAAGAGAUGGUUUGAAUAUAUUAUCUGAUGAGCCUUUACAAAAAAGACAAAGAAAGCCCAAACCAUAAAUUUUCUUUCA